AUGCAGAGCUUCUUCGCAAAGGCAGCUGCAGGAGGAGAUGAAAAAGGAGGAGGAAGAGAAAGCGAGUCGGAGCUGAACCUGAUGUCGCAGUUGGACAAGCUUGAGCAUGAGCUCAUCCAGAAGCGGGCGUUUGUUGGUGUGGCGCCACUUCGAGGCAACUCACUCGACACCCAGUGGGUUGCGGCGAUGUCGAUCGGUACCCCACCGCAGGAGUUCUCGGUCGUGUUUGAUACUGGAAGCGGUGACCUCUGGGUGUCGUCGGUGGGCUGUACCUCUAGGGUCUGCAACUCCCAACGUCGGUUCAGUCCUAGUCAGUCAAGUAUAAUCUCGUUUCAAAUGGACAACACGCGAUGGCAAAUCGCUUACGCCGACACCUCGCAGGCAUCAGGAAUACUCGGGGUUGACAACGUCACAGUAGCAGGGAUCAGUGUCAGCAAUCAGACAUUCGGCCUCGCCUCCAUCAACGCCGGACCUGUACCUCCCUCAGGCACCUCAGGCUUUGAUGGAAUCAUGGGACUAGGCUUCGAAGGCACUUCGGACAUGAAGGGGUUCAGGUCACCAAUCACAAACAUGAUGCUCCAAAACCAAAUCGACCAGGCCAUCGUUUCCGUCUGGCUGAACAAGGCAUCGGAGCAGGACGCGAAACUUUCCAAUGGCGGGGAGUUUAUUUUCGGAGGCGUCGAUCCUUCGCUCUACACAGGAUCAAUCACCUACCUUCCCGUCACCUCGGACAGCCAAUGGCAAGUUGCGGUCGAUGAAGUAUACAUCGGGCGCAAGGAACUCGCUGUCUCUAAAUCCUCAUCCUACGCGGUUGUCGACACGGGAUCAUCCUACAUCUUGCUCCCGGAUUAUCUGGCAACUGCAUUCCAUCGGGCGAUCCCCAAUUCGCAGUAUGACAAGGACCUGGGCUGGAUGAUCCCUUGCACAUUGGCAAAGUCAACCUCUGUUGGCGAUCUCACGUUUGUGCUGGGUGGGCAAAAGUUUGCAGUGCCCCUUUCCGACAUUGUCAUCCUCGAGUCAGGAUUCAAGGGCAUUUGCCUCUCUGCCGUCGACUCUUGGAGCGAGGCUACCAACGGGCAUUCAAGCGAGUCGCAAAUCCUGCUGGGAGACCUGUUUAUCAAGAACCAUUACAUCGUAUACGACUUUGCGGAUCGGCGGAUUGGAUUUGCUCAAAAGGUGCCAUUGGCCCCAGGCGGAAUCGGACUCAACGCUCAAAACUCUGCGCCCUCUACAUCAUGGACUCGGGAGGAGCAUUGGGCAAUAAUGGCGUUGAUGACGACUGCAGCCAUAAUUGCGACGUCGUUGUUGUAG